GUGUAUUGACUACCAGGCGGAAUUUUGACACAUGCGCUGAUUGGCCGUCAGAAAAUCCGUGCAGCCAACAUUCCGGACAGUGUCAUUGCGGUCGCCUUGUCGUGUGUUGGUGAAGUUUAGUGGUGGAAUUUUUACGUGUGUAACAUCAUAAAAUGGCGUCUGGUGUGACAGUGUCGGACGCGUGCAAAACCACAUACGAAGAGAUUAAGAAGGAUAAGAAGCACCGCUACGUGGUGUUCUACAUCCGGGAUGAGAAGCAGAUCGACGUGGAGACGGUCGGGGAGCGCAACGCAGAGUACGACCAGUUCCUAGAGGACCUGCAGAAGGGCGGCACUGGGGAGUGCAGAUAUGGCUUGUUCGACUUCGAGUACACGCACCAGUGUCAGGGCACGUCCGAGGCCAGCAAGAAACAGAAACUGUUCCUAAUGUCGUGGUGCCCCGACACCGCCAAGGUUAAAAAGAAGAUGUUGUACUCUAGCUCAUUCGACGCGUUGAAGAAGUCCCUGGUGGGCGUACAGAAGUACAUACAGGCGACCGAUCUGUCGGAGGCCUCGCAAGAAGCGGUGGAAGAGAAACUCCGCGCCACCGACCGCCAGUAAACCGACUGCAUUUACGACACAACGCCGAAGCGCACCGGCCUUUAUAUACCCGAGCGAAGAAUUGAUUAUACAUCGCACAGCGUUCCAAAACCAAACAGCAUUUAUUUACAUUACAAUGAUAAAAAUAAAACCUUUUUCGAAUGAUAUUUCUGACGAUCCCAAUGUUUUCUUUUUUUAAAAAUGUCUUUUUUUUUCUUUCUGAAUAGAGUAGGUAUAUACGACCUUCUUAGAGAAUUUCACUUUGAUUUUAAGAAGUUUCCGUAUCAGCUGUUUUUUUCAGUUCUUAAAAGGUGUAUACAACCUGAUAUUUUUAGGUUUGCAGCAUAUUAUACGUAUUGUAGAUUUUUUGAAUAUGGAACCUGUGCUAGUCUAUGCUCGCUAGUGGCGCGAAGUCAAAUUCGAGAGUUCGGUGCGCACCGCACAUUCGCAUAGGUUCUUACAUGUAUCAUUUAAUCCUUAGCUUCAGUCAACAACGGUCGUCGACACUUCCUGUACAGAAUAUAGACUGUAUCGAGGCGACACGACAUAGCAAUUAAGGGAUUCUUAUAUAAUAAUUUAAAUUAUACUAAUAUUAUAUCUAUAUUUUUUUCCUAUAAAAUAAAUAACUAAAGAGUAAGUUAAGCUCAAACUAAAUUUAAAUAUGGCGUC